AUGCCGCCGGACCGCGGUCGUGCCUCCCGGGCAUGCACCUCAUGCAGAAAACAAAAGACUAGAUGCUAUGAGGCCGGAAUUCCUGGACGAGCGUGUAUGCGAUGCGAUCGACUUCACCAAAGUUGCUCGCUCGUCCAAAUUAUUGCCUCGGACGAGGAAUCCGUAGCCCCCGCACCAGGCACGGAUGCUCGUUUAGAACGUCUUGAAAAAACUGUGGCUACUCUGCUCGAUCGGCUUGGAGAAGGCCCAGAAAAAACUCCUGGUCAUGAGUCGAGUAGGCCUACCCCUGCGCAGACGAGCCCUGAGUCUGGCGGUGCGUACAAAGACACGGAGUCUUCCGCGGCUCCGAUUAUGGUCAUCCGCGAUCUAGCAACGGACAGCGGUAUCAAACCAAUGUCCGAUGCCAGAUCUUUGGGGGCGGUAUUGGACGACCUUAUUUCCCCUGAUCUUGCACUUACCCUGAUCAAAAUUUUCCUCGAAUAUUACGGACGGUGGGUUCUCUUUGAUCCCGAGUGUGAGCCAAGCGAGCUUCUCCGGCAAGUGAAAAAAUCGAGCUUGCUAUUCUGCGCUUGUUCUUUGAUCGCCGUGAGGCACACUUCUGAGGAAUUGGCUGCAAGCCUUGCUCCGAAGUUGUAUGAGUAUGCCCGCUCUCUUGCUUCUACCACCCUUCUAGUUGCGCCACAGCCCAUUGAGUUCUUCCAGGCUACCCUUAUCCUUUCUAUGUGGUCGACAACUGUCGGACAGGUGCCUUUGAGUAUCGAUAGCUGGCUUCUGAGCGGGUUCGCUUUACAGCACUCCCAUUCGAGUCCACUGUUUGCUGCUGUCACGACUCAAUCUCAUCCUCCAAAUAGAUUGGAUGAGGAAACUAUGAAUAAUUGCUAUCUGUGGAAUCAUCUCUGUCUUGCUCAUAUGCAUUAUUGUGUUGGAACCAGUCGUCGAUCCAUGCUACAACCCUGGCAAAUCGAGCGAUGUCGUGAUAUCAUUGUUUCGGAUCAUGCGAUAAAUUUUGAAGUGCGCAUGGUGGCGGAGAUUUAUCUUUACUGGACUGUAUAUGAAUAUCUCAUACAGGAGUCAGUUGAUUUACUGAAAUCAGUCGCAGCUUUGCAGGACUGGCGACGAAAAUGGGAAUUUGUCCUUGAGCAACCGAGAUCUCAGUUUCUCUCAAUGGGCUUCCAUUUCUCCCAUCUGCUUCUAUACGAGCAUGCUCUGAAAGCCAAGUCUUCCCGAGCUAGGGAACCAGUCGUGUCGGAAAUGAUUCGCCAUGCCACGGCAAUUGUGCAACUGGCCAUGGAUACAGUAGAUGAGCGUACGCGCCAUUUGACCGAUCACAUCUACCAUAUGAUCACCUUUGCAGCGAUUGUCAUAUGCCGCCUGCUGAAUGGCUACCAAGAACAGGUUGCCUCGACUCACAAUAUUGACGAGCUCGAAUUGCUUGUUCGUGACUUAGUGCAGUGGCUGUACUGCAUUGGGUUACCAUGCCAUGCGGCGCAUACUUUGGGAAAUAUCAUCACCAAGGUGCAUCAAAAAUUACGACCGCACGUCGAGCUACCGCCAGCAAACCCGCAACCAGAUGAGCUACUUGGUGAACUUAGCAAUUACUAUUUCCCGGAAUUUCUUGGAUUGGGGAUUUCAGCUAAUGGAGAUUGGGAUCUUAUGUCCAAUAUGGGUCUCUUUCCGGAAAGCUCAUCUAUUCCAGGGAGACCUGACUGA